AAAGGAUAUUAAGAAAUAUCCCUGUGACUAAAAAAAUAUUAGUGGAACCAGAAAGGAUAUAAAGAUCUAUCCUUUUGGUGAACAUCCUGGUGUCAGAAGGAAACCUAGUGAAAAAAAAAAGGAUAUUCCUUCAGUGGAUUAUAAACUUCAAAAAAAACAACAACCAUAAUAUAAAGACUGAUUAAAACUAUAUUAAACAAAAAACAAGAAAAAAUAACCAAUACAACAACAAAACAAAAUAAAAUUUAAAAUACGGGUCUAAUACAAGCAAACAACAACAAGGAGAAGUAAUAAAACAACAGCAACUAUUGGAGCAAUAUUGUAAAGAAAUAACAUUACCAACAAACCAAUAAGGAACAGUUCAUGCCGAGAACUGCACCGUGGAAGACCCUACUACUAAGAAGAAAGUAAACCUGCAAUCCUUAGCACCAACAACCAAAUUACAAAAUGAUUAACUGGAUCAUAAUAAUGGUUGCAUUUACUACAGCAACCAAGGCCCAAACCCUUGACAUACAAGACUUAUCGAACAAUAAUGGUUACAUACCGAUAAAAACAGGAGAGACCAAUACCGUAGAACACUACAUAAAAGUACUGCACAUAAUAAACACUACAGAAUUCGAACGAACUAUGGAGAUAAUUAAAACCAACAUUGACACCCUAAAGACAUCCAGUAGCGAAUCAAAAACAUUAAUCAGUACAAUAAACAAGAACUUUAUGCUACUAAAAGCGAAAAUAGAAAAUCUUAACCCACAUUUUAGAAAGAAACGGGCACUCUUAAACAUUAUAGGAAAAGGCUUAAAAAUGAUUGCAGGUACAAUGGACAGCGAUGAUGAAGAACAAAUAACUGAAGCUCUCAAAUCUCUACAUUCGAACGAAGAAAACUUAACUAACAAAAUGAACAAACUAACUUAUAUAAACAAUGUCAUGAACUCCCAAAUCCAGAACAUAACUAACCAUAUAAACUAUCAGCAAAACAUUAUCGGGGACUACUUAGUCAAAUUCAAGAAUAUUAUAGGGAAUAAAAUUUCAACCAUAGAGGACGAGAUAACAUUUAUAGAACACAUAUACCAGAUUAACAACGACAUCUCACUCCUACGGCAUCACGUAGACGACAUAGGACAGAUUAUUUUCUCCGGGAAACUGGGAAUAAUUCCCACAGAUAUUCUCACCCAAACAGAACUCGAUUUAAUCACAAGCUUUGACAGCUAUACCAAUAUAAAAGUAGCCAUAGCACGUAAUGAAGGGAACGUUAUAAUAAUUCUCUCUAUACCACAAUAUUCCCAAGAUUCACUAUCCAAGGUAACAUUCGUACCCAUUCCUGACAAAAAUAAUAAAUCCAUAAUGGUUAAUCAUUCUGAUGUUCUUAUAGAUUUAGAAAGAAAUAUUUAUAGCACGUAUAUUAAAGAUAACCUAAAAAGAAAUCUUAUAAAAAUUAAUGAUAAUUGUUUGAACAAUAUACUAAACUUUGAAGAAGCUAAUUGCAAAACGCAAACAUUAAAUACACAAGAAAUUAGCGAAAUAAUUCCAGGAGUAUUAAUCCUUAAACACUUUAACAGUACGAUAUCACAUAAUUGUAACAAAGAUAAAUUAAAAAUUUCAGGAAACUACUUAAUCAAAUUCGAAAAUUGUGAAGUAAACACGUUAAACAAAACCUUUACGAAUUUUAAAAUAAAAAUACAAGACAAGUUUAUCCUACCUAACCUUAUAACAAAAAUUAAAGAUACCAGUAACACAACACUUGCAGACAUAAAACUUGAAAAUUUAUAUCUAAAACAAAUAGAAUACGAGGAAACACUGAAACAAGUACUAUAUACAGAUAAAAACUCAAAAAUAAUUGGCUAUAGUAUAGAUAUUUUAAUCGGUACAUCAAUAUGUAUCUUAAUUAUAUUUAUAUAUCUCUUUAAGAAUAAACAAACCUAUGUUCCAAAUGUACAAUUAAAAAACCAAACUAUUAUAAACAAUCCGGCAAAGAUAAUAUAAUUUCGUCGGAGCCUCAAACUAAGGGUGGGGGUGUUAUAGUAUCAACUACUAAUUCCCCUCAACGAUAGUGUCUCCCGUUAUUCCCUUAAUGAGAAUCGUUCCACAUUUUAUUAUUCCAAAGAAUUGUUU